ACCAAAAGGCGCUGGGCUCGCAGGGUGUUGGAUCAAAGCGCUAAUAGGCUGCUGCAGGGCGGACUUUAGCCUACUUUACAUACAGAGACAACAAAACGCCUGCCCACAGACGGAGACGCGGAUACCUGCCUGAAAAUGUCUUCUCCCAGUGCUACCUCCAACCCUCUGAACACUCUGGCGCCAAAAAGGAAGACGAAGAAGAAACACUUUGUUCAACAGAAAGUGAAGGUUUUCCGAGCCAGUGACCCCGUGUUGAGCGUGCUGAUGUGGGGAGUCAAUCAUUCGAUUAAUGACCUGAGCCAGGUGCCCGUACCUGUCAUGCUGCUCCCAGACGACUUCAAAGCCAGCACCAAGAUCAAAGUCAACAACCACCUCUUCAAUAAGGAGACUCUUCCAGGACAGUUUAAAUUCAAAGAGUACUGUCCUCAAGUGUUCAGAAACCUGCGAGAGCGCUUUGGCAUUGAGGAUCAAGAUUUCCAGGUUUCUCUGGCUCGCAGUCCUCCUCUCAGAGACGACGAAGGGAAAUAUGCGGGCCUGCUGCUGACAUCGUAUGAUCGCACUUUGGUUAUAAAAGAAAUUUCCAGUGAGGAGGUUGCAGAAAUGCAUAAUGCGCUCUCUGCAUAUCACCAGCACAUUGUCACCUGCCACGGCAGUACGCUCCUCCCUCAGUUCCUGGCCAUGUACAGAGUCACUGUGGAGAGUGAGGACACCUACCUGUUAGUAAUGAGGAACAUGUUCAGCCACCGACUUCACGUACACAGGAAGUAUGACCUCAAGGGCUCGCUGGUGUCUCGUGAAGCCAGUUUUAAAGAAAAGGUCAAGGAAUUGCCCACUUAUAAGGAUGUGGACUUUAUGAAUAACAUGCAGAAAGUUUAUGUGAGUGAUGAAGAGAAGGAGAAAAUAAUGGACAAGCUCAACAGAGACACUGAGUUUCUUGUACGUAUGAGGAUCAUGGACUACAGCCUGCUGCUCGGUAUCCACGAUGUCGAAAGAGCCGAGAUGGAGGAGGAGGAGGAGAUGGAGCUGUCCGAUGAGGAGGAAGAGGAUGAUGAAAAUGGCCUUGCUCCUGCUCCCCACUCCACCUCCCCUGAAGGCAUUACCGGCUACAUGAACUCCUUCAAACCCAUGGGUCCCGGGGAGUUCGACCCUUAUGUGGAUGUGUAUGCUAUUCAGAGCGCUGUGGGUGCGCCCCGUAGGGAGGUGUAUUUUAUGGGUCUGAUUGACGUGCUGACGCAGUACGACACCAAGAAGAAAGCCGCUCACGCUGCCAAGGCUGUCAAACACGGGGCAGGAGCUGAGAUCUCAACUGUUCAUCCAGAGCAAUACGCUAAACGCUUCAAAGAGUUCAUCGCCAAAAUCUUUGCCUAGUUUAGGGAUUCAUUUAAUACAUGAGGAAUUCAGCUUUGCAGUCAUCAAAGCAUCACCAAUAAAGCACUAAUAAUUU